AGGGCUGAACUUUUUUUUUUUUUGCAAACAGUAUAACGUGGGAGGAGUUCCCUCCCUACCUCCCUCAGUCAAGUCAGUCAGUUUUUACAAGCUGUUGCACGCAGCUUACUCCACAACGCGUGGGUGAAAGCAGAAGGAAGAUGAGAAGAGAGGAACGGCUGGGAACUGCAGCAGCCUAACCGGGAAUGAAGGCGCAAGAAUGCCCUUGGAGACGGUGUGGAGGACCAACCACUUUUACGCACUUAAAGAGAAGAAGUGAUUUACUGUGAGGUGGAUCUGAAGAAGAAGAAUUGGAUCUUGGUGUUAGGAAAAGAACAAAAAGUUUUCCCCUACAGAAGUUGUCUUCAUAAAAGCAGCAGAGAUGAGGUUUAACUUGUCUACAAGUUGGAUAGUCCGAGGCUGGAUAACAUGCGUCCUCGUCACCUUUUACGCACAGAAUGCUGUCUCCAAAUCUCUCCAGUGUAAUGAAACACAUUAUUUAAGAGGCUCCAGAUGCUGCAAGAGGUGUAAACCAGGCUUCCGUGUGUUUUCCGACUGCACUGAUUCCCAACACACUAUAUGUAUUAAGUGUAAUCGUGAUGAAUACCAGCCCGGCUGGACUGAAAAGACGCUCUGUUUUCAGCAGAAGUUCUGUGACCCAGGUAAGGGGUUUAUGGUGCAACCUCAGAACCCAGUGGCAGAGGAGCUGUGUCGCUGUUCUUCCGGCCUCCAAUGCUACCCCAUCAACUGUGAGUACUGUGAGAGGAUACCCACCUGCGGCGCUGGAUUUGGACUCGAGGUUGACCCCGAGUCUACUAAUGGAAGGAAGACGUGUGUUGAAUGUAAGAAAGGCUUCUUCUCUGCUGACAACAGUGCCGAACAAUGCAAACAAUGGACCAAUUGUAAGGCUGAGGGUAAGAAUGAAACACAGCCAGGCAGCGCCCAGGCUGAUGCAGUGUGUGGACCACCUAUCUCUGGUGGGCCAGGUACAGCAUCCUCCUGGGUUAUAGUUUCAGUGCUGUCAGUCAUCACUGUUCUGUGUCUCCUCAUCUUACUCCUCUUCUGCUACAAGGAUAAACUGAAAUUACUCUCUGUAAAUCUGCGAUCCUGUGUCCAGAAUCUGAAGAGGUCUAGGAUACAACAGGAGACCUUGGCCCCUCUUUACCACAGUGGAGCAGGAGGAGGCCCUGGAGGCCCCAAAUGUACACCCUGUGUUACGACCAAACUCAUUUACCCAACGCCCACACAUGAUGAGCUCCCAUGCACCUAUUCCACCUCUGUUCCCGAUGCCAAGGUCUCACUGCCCUUCACGAGGGAAAUGACAGAAAAAGAAGGGACCAAGGGGAAGACGGUGACGGAGGAUCGGAGCGAAGGCUCUGGAGAACCUGAGGAGGUGUCAGAAGAAGAGGAGGUUGUGGGUGCGUCUCCUCUUUUGGCAGGUUCUUGUGUGUGUGUCAUUCCCGUCCACGAGCCGUUGGAAGUAGGGGAGAAUGAGGACUGUAGCCAGGCUGUCAGCCCGGGGACUCCGGGAACCUGCUCGUGCGGAGGGCUGGAUGGAGAUGAGAGUGGGAAAGAGGAGAAAAGUGGGAGUGUAAGGGCUGAAAAUGGUGGAGAUGGAAAUCAAGAAAAGAUGGUUUUGUCCAAGAGUGAGACAGGUGUUGCAUCUCUUGUCUCCCUUUCUCCUCCACUCCUCCACACCUCCUCUGUAAUCCCUCCGUCCAGUCCACUUGCUGAACUCUGCCUGCCGUUGUCUCAGGCUCAGAUGAGAUCAGAGUUUAAACCCCACCUGACCGACAGGUUACUGGUAAAACAGGAGCAAUUAUAUAGACCGGCAUGCAAAGACUUCAACUCAACAGAGAACAACACGACCUCCGCGAUGACCUCGGUCAACCCCUUGAUGACUUCCUCGUCUGUCGGAGAUCUCUACUUGGACAAGCCCCCUGAGGCCUCGAGCCCAGAGAAAGGACAAGAACUUUCCUGGGGGGAUAGCAGGGGAAACAAGCUCUCUUCUGGGGAGUCAGAACUGGAGUGCUCACCUGAGAGCCUCCAUAGUCAGCUGGCUGAACCAACUCUUACCUCAGGUCAGGUGUCUGGGAACAACAACACCACCUUCAUCUCCAGCGGUCAGGUGAUGAACUUCAGCGGGGACGUCAUCGUCGUCUACGUCAGCCAGACGUCUCUCGGCAGCGACGGGGCGGGGCAGGACGAUGCCUUCGGGAGCCCCGUCCAGGAAGAGGCCAAUGAGACGGCCCAGUUUUUCCAAAGCGUCCUGAGGCCGCAAGGGGACUCUGUUUCCCAAAGCACCUUGCAGGACGAGACACUGCCAGUCCAGGAAGUGAUGGAGGAGCGGCCGCCGGGGAAGUGAAAAGUGACCAAUGGCUGUUUUGUUUGUCAGAAGAAGAAGUUAAAGAACUUUAUGGGCCAAGUCCCACCGGACUGAGCUACAUCUGCCCCUACAGUACAGUGAUCAUCUCCGUAACCCUCAGAAAAGAUAGCCUCUGAUCCUUUCUGUUGGUUACUCCACCUUAUAUAUUUUAGCUUCUAAUUACAUUAGAAAAAUACCUGAAUGAAUUUUUAUAGCAUACCAGCUUUCUGGACAAGAACAAGGAAAGGAAGGCUUUCACUUAAAAAGAAGCUGAGAGCAACUUUUAGGGAUGUGAAGCUAUCGAUCUAUGCCGACAUCUUUAAUAUCUAGUCCAUUUUCACACAUUAGUCACUGAAUCUUGCCUCAGGCAUCGCUAAAGUGCCUUUAUUCAUUUUCCAUUGGAAGGCUUCAUGCUUUUUCAAAUGGAAACUCCCUCCAUUCCAGACAAUGGUGGGGAAUUUUGUUGGGAAUUGGAUGUGGAACUGGGUUCAGACUGGAAGAAGGUCAUGUUUUUAUUGUAUGUAAAUUGCAGAUGGGUCUUGUUCCUUUCUCAUUUCCCACCUUCCAUCACCUUCCAGCCAGGUUAAAGUCCGUACAUUCCUGUCCUUUAACGGUUUCUAAAUUUGACUGUUGGAUGAUUUCAAGAAUUUCCUUGCAUAACAAAAUAUCCACCAUGUGGAAAUCAUUGUGCUUGCUCUCACAAAAUCAUGCCAUUAAAGCAAAUAUUUUUGUAGUAGAAAAUUCAAUCUACAAGCUCCAUUAAGAUCUGGCAAUUUCCUGAGUGAAUGUUCCUUUUUUCUGGUUUUGUAGGGUUUGACAAAAGCUAAUUUACAGUAAAGAGACACAUCAGGUUUUGGUACGACGCUUGUUUAUCCCAUAUGUUUUUUAUUCUCUUCUUAUUGCACCACAAGUGCAGUGUGUGUCUAAGAAAAAAAAAAUGCUAUGCAUUUGAUAAGCUAUUUUAUUACUGGUUUGUUUUGUUUCAUAAUGUGCCAGCCUUAAUGAAGAAAAUGUCAGCCUGUUUAUAUUUUAAUUAAUUUUACAAAGUAGAUUGUUUAUGUAAUAUUUCAGAAGAUGCAUUAUGUGAUCGAUGUUUGUAUAUAUUUCAAAAUAAGCAUUAUGAACUUUCUCUUUGUGCUUCCUGUCAUUUGAUUUGAGGUGUGGAUGUGUGAGCCAUUGACAGCAGGCAAAACACACACAGUAGGAGUUAUAAGGGACUGUUCAAUUACAACCUUGCCAUAUGUAUGCAGCCUUUCAAUUAUCAUGUACAUAUCUAUCAAACCUAAUGCAAUGAACCCCUGAGAGAGUAUUUUGAUUGAAAUUAAAUAUGUUUUGCAUCUGAUCCUUUCAGGGAUGGCUGCUA